UACCCGCGCCGGGUGAAGCUCCCUGGGAAGUGCUGCGAGGAGUGGGUCUGCGAUGAGGCCAAAGAGCAGACGGCCGUGGGACCCGCUCUCGCUGCUUACAGACUGGAAGAUACGUACGGUCCAGACCCGACAAUGAUGCGCGCCAACUGUCUGGUGCAGACCACUGAAUGGAGUGCUUGCUCCAAGACCUGUGGCAUGGGCAUCUCAACCAGGGUUACCAACGAUAAUGCCUUCUGCCGACUGGAGAAACAGAGCAGGCUGUGCAUGGUCAGACCUUGUGAAGCAGACUUGGAGGAGAACAUCAAGAAAGGCAAAAAGUGCAUUCGCACCCCCAAAAUCUCCAAGCCCGUCAAGUUUGAGCUGUCUGGCUGCACCAGCGUGAAGACCUACAGAGCUAAGUUCUGUGGUGUCUGCACUGAUGGGCGCUGCUGCACACCCCACAGAACGGCCACCCUCCCCGUGGAGUUCAAGUGCCCCGACGGGGAGAUCAUGAAGAGGAAAAUGAUGUUCAUCAAGACCUGCGCCUGCCACUACAACUGCCCUGGAGACAAUGACAUCUUUGAGUCUCUGUACUACAGGAAGAUGUAUGGAGACAUGGCGUAAAGCCAGAAGGAGACGCUAACUAGAUUCUCAACUUGAACUGAUUUGCAUCUCAUUUUGUAAACAUGAUUCAAUAGCACAAGGUAUUUAAAUCAGUUUUUUUUUUUUUAAUUUCAACAAACUGCUCCAUGUGACUUAAGACAAUUUUUCUACUGACCCCGAAUGGUGGUUUGAAGAAGAUGGUAAAAUGGACAGUGGGACCGCAGCAAGACACAGCUUCAGAACACGCUGUUUGUGAGGUGGUGUGAAGGGGUUAAGGGAAAUAGGCAGGAAGAGAGUUCCCUUAAUGUGGUACAGCGUGCUUCCUCUAGUAGUGCAAUUGAGAAGGAGACCCUUAGCAGUGUUUGCUGGCGCUGGUUUAGUGACAGCAACAGCUGGAAUGCAAACCAGCAGAGUGCUAAGCAGAAGGUGUUCUGUUAGUCAGGACAGUAACGUUUCAGCUCUGACACUCUGAUUCGUAUGGCUUGGUCAACAAGAAUCAGAAUCAUGUCUAUUAGACUGGACAGCUUGUGGCAGUUAAUUUACCUGUAACAAGCUACUUUUUAUUAAUAUUGUAAAUACUGUGUGUAUAUAUAUUUGUACAGUUAUCUAAAUUAAUUUAAAGUUUUGUGCCUUUGUUUAAUGCUUUGAAAUUUCAAUGAUAGCCGCCUUUUUUUUUGGAACAGGAUAGGUAGGACUUAAAGCUUGUCUGACAAUGCAUUCAAAGUAUGAAAUAGAUACUCCAGUGGAAAUGGUUCAGAUAGGGCCAAAUGGUGAGUCAAGAGCAAGAUGGAGAGUGUUAGAGUUGAGGUGCCUGUAUCCUUACAAAGCUUUCAUCUGGCAAAAUACAUGUAUUGGACAAGUGGCUUUAAGAAAAAUGGCUCCUCUGUAGCUCAUCAGUCUUUCCACUCGAGCAUUUGUUUCUUUCUUUGACUAUGGCUCUUUUUGGACAGUUUAUUUGUUGAGAAGUGUGACCAAAAGUUACAUGUUUGCACCUUUUUAGUUGAAAAUAAAGUAUUUAUAUUUUUUAUAUAAA